AUGCUUACUAUUCACCGGCCACUUCAUUUUUCUUUCCUUCUCACAUUUUUCUUCUUACUCUUCCACUCACACUUCACUUCAGGGAAACAACACGAUGCAAACGCUGUAACAUUUUCUCGGUAUGAUGCACUUGCUGCUGAACCUGAACCUCAACCUGUACCAUAUGGAAACUCACCACUUCCUUUAGCUGCUGAGAGAACCAGAAGAAAAGAUCCUCUAGAUGGCUUCAAUGUCUACACAAAUGGAUGGAAUAUCAGUGACCACCAUUAUUGGGCUUCAGUGGCAUAUACAGCAGUUCCUGUAUUCAGCAUUGCAGCAAUCUGGUUCAUAGGCUUUGGCUUUUGUUUAUUACUUCUCAUUGUUUGUUAUUUCUGUCGUAAAAAUGAGCCGUAUGGUUAUUCUCCAACAUGCUACACACUUUCUCUUAUUCUUCUCAUAUUGCUCACAAUUACAACAAUGAUUGGAUGUGCGGUUCUUUAUUUUGGCCAAGCUAAGCAGGUUGGAAUCGACCGAGUUUUUCUCCCUGUGAAUGUUCAAACUGAUAUCGAUGAGGCAGAAACAGAUAUCAAUGCUUCUGCUGUCACAAUUUCUGAUAAAACAAAGGAGAAUUCAGACAACAUUCAAGAUCUAUUAGAUUCUGUGAGGAUGGCGCUCAUCAUUAUAACCGUGGUUAUGCUUGUUUUGACGUUUCUUGGAUUUCUGUUCUCAAUUUUCGGAAUGCAGGUCCUUGUGUAUAUCUUGGUAAUCGCAGGAUGGUUUCUUGUUACUGGCACCCUUAUAUUAUGUGGCUUGUUCCUUAUUCUCCACAAUGUGACAGCGGAUACAUGUGUAGCCAUGAAUGAGUGGAUCCAAUAUCCUACUGCGAAUACAGCUCUAGAUGACAUUCUGCCCUGUGUGGACAACGCCACUGCUCAAGUAACUUUGUUAAGAAGCAAAGAAGUGACUUCUGAACUAGUAAACUUGGUGAAUCAAGUUAUUACCAAUGUUUCUAACAUCAACUUUGCGCCCAAUUUCACGCCAUUGUAUUACAAUCAAUCUGGUCCCUUGAUGCCACUUCUCUGCGAUCCGUUUCAUCCUGACAUGACAGAUAGACAAUGUGACUCUGGUGAAGUGAACCUAAGCAAUGCAACACAGGUAUAUGGAACUUCUGUGUGCCAGGUUUCACCGUCUGAGAUAUGCAUGACUCAAGGGCGUUUAACCCCGACGUUCUAUAACCAAAUAUCUGCCGGAAUAAACGUUGGUAACGCAUUAUAUACGUAUGCACCUUCCCUUGUGGAGCUACAGGACUGCACAUUCGUUCGAGAAACAUUCACUGAUAUAUACAAUGAUCAUUGUCCUGGUCUACGACGUUACAGUAGAUGGAUUUAUGUUGGAUUAGUAAUGGUCUCUUUUGCUGUGAUGUUCUCAUUGAUCUGCUGGGUUGUGUAUGGAAGAGAACGGAGACAUCGUCUAUAUAGAAAAGAGUCUAAAAAUUUAAGAAUAACCACACCUGCACCAAGAAAUGCACCUGCACCUGCACCAACAAAUGCUCUGGCACUAUAUUCCUGA